AUGGCGAGCACACCGUAUAUACCAUGGCAUAUAUGGCGGAAAGUACGUGAUUUGCUCUGUUGCAUCUUGGCUGGAUUGAUAGCUUUAGAACUUGGAGGAUGGGAUAUCAAAACAAAUCUAGGUCUCUCACCGACCAAGAACCCAUAUUUACUUCCGGGGUAUCUAUCAAUCUCGCCAUGGAAUCCACAUGAGAAUCGUUGGAUGCCAUUUACAUCUUCUCCACCUCCAGCAUUACUAGCUUCGCUCUUACGGUCUUCAUGGAGGACUCUACCUCCAUCGGGCGUAUCGGAUAUUAGAGAUCCAAAAGAUUGGUGGGAAGGGGAAGUAGGACCAGAUGGAAAGGAUUGGGAAGAUGUCACUUGGGCAAAAGGAAGAACUGUUCUAGUCUUAGGUGACAGCGUAGGAAGAUUUCAUGUAAAAUACCUUUGUGAGAUGGCAGGUGAACCAUUUCAUGAAAUGCCAUGGGGUCAUCCAUUCUCUCCUCCCAAGAUGGAAGGUGAAGAAGCAAAAUCAGAAGAAGAAAGGUUACCGGAGACGAUAGAAGAGAUCGCUUCAUCUCAAGGUCAAAAUAAAAGUGGAAAUCAAAAUAAACGAAACCUUCCUCGUGAUGUACCCUCCCCACAAUGGGAUAUUGACUCCAUCUCACCAGAACCAGAGAACGGGAAUACAAAUGGGACGAUACUGGGGAGGAGAGAUGGAUCAAGACAUAUAGGAAAUGAAGGUGGCUAUAUGGGUCAUUAUUGUCACAUACCAGGAAUAGAUUUGAUGGUUAUUCAAGUCUUCAAUUACGGUUUGGACGAAAAGAAUUUCUGGACUUUGAGAGGCGAUUAUAUACCGCCGUACACUAUCGAAUCGCGACUCACACUUCUCGCUGCACCUUAUAUACGGAAAGCGGGACGUCCAACAACAGCACCAGAGUUGACAUACGUCGGAUCGGCAUUGUGGGAUACCACAAGAUGGAUGAGGGAGGACGCAGCCGCAGGCAAAGAUAUCAGCCAAGGUCUGACAAAGGAACGCCUGUAUUGGUACAGAACAAGAACACGUCAAGUAUUGAUGCACGCAAGGCAAGUUUUCCCAGAAACGAAACUGAAAUGGGCAAGUCACCAUUAUCCUCUACGAGCAAUGUCGGGUUGGUUCUUCGAGUCAGGCAAUCAAGAUCAAAAACCUCAAAGACCGCAACAAAAGCUCAACAGAUUAGCUCCGCUACACGAAGCUGCGAAAUCCGCUAUAGAUGAUUUGGGAGAUACUACAACAGAACAGAAAAGUGUAUUGAAGGAUGUGGAUAUGGGAAUGUGGGGAAAGAGGAUGAUAGGGAUGGAAGAUCAUCAAAAAGACGACCUACAUCAAAACCUUCUUCCAGGCGGUUACCUCUGGGCAGAUAUGAUGUUAUACGAUCUAAGGGAAGCGGUGACCAAAAAAUGGUGGAAGCCAUAG